AUGGUUGCUAAGAAUUCUGUAACGAUCGAGAACGUAGAUUCACCUACUGCUCAACUUCAUAAAAAUAAACUUACACAAUGUUUUGAUGAUAUGAUGAGAAUGAGUUCGCAAAUGUUGGUCCAAGAACAACUGAAGACAAUCCAAUUAGAUAAUGGUAUUACUAACGGAUUUUCUGCAACUCAUCAGAAGAAUUUAAAGGAGAAAUUCCACAUGUUUCAUGGAAUAUUAGACGAUCUGGAUAUCACCUUAGACAAAUGUGCAGCAUAUGUAGAGACUUUAAACAAGAUUGGGGUGGAGAAAGAAGCUUUAAGAAAGAAAGAGGAAGAACUUGAGGCUGAAAGAAAGAAAAAAUUGGAAGAAGAGAAGGAACAACAACGUAUCGCUAAGGAAGAAUUAAUUAAGAAAGAGAAAGAAGAACAAGAGCAAAAGGAAAAAGAAAAACAGGAAAAGGAGAAAAGAGAAAAAGAGAAGAGAGAAGCUCAAGAAAAGGAAACUAAUGCGGCUGAUAAUGCAUUAGAUCUGAUGGACGAUAUGAGACUUAGCUUCAAUGAUGAUGUUGGUAUGAAUGUUGAUGCUAACCAGAACGAUCUCCUCACAACGUUUAAUACUAGCGAUAAAGGUUCAAAUAAUACACCUGGUAUACUAACUGCUUCAGCUGGUGUAACUGAUAUAUCAGAUCCUUUACAAUCAUUAACUUCUAUGGGAAAGACUGAUGAUAAGAGUGACAACAAUAACAAGAGUAAUAAUAAUAAUCGAGGUAACAAUACCAACCCUAUUAGUAAUAUUAAUGAUACAGGAGCAAAUAAUGUAUUUAAUGAUCUCGAUACUAUGGAUAUGUCUCUGUUCACAGAUCUUGAUAAUGCAAAUUUUGAUCCUCUUUCUGAAACUGUAAAUGGAACUAAUGAUAUCACAAAUAAGGAUACUUUCGCAAAUAACAAUAAUGCUAAUACUAAUAAUAACAAUGAUAAUAACAAUAACAAUGAUAAUAACAAUAACAAUAACAAUAACAAUAACAAUAAUAGUAAUAGUAAUGAUGACAACAACAAUAUUAAUAACAACCAAAUAAAUACUGAUAAUGGGACAACGGUAGGAACAGCGACGGCAGAGGUCAAUAAUGAGAAUAACGGUAAUGUUAUGGUUAACAAUAAUAAUGAUAGUCUCAACAUGAUGGAUCCAUUACAGGAUAUGGGUGAUGACUACUUAACACUAAAUGAUUUCAAUGAUCUUAACAUUGAUUGGAAUGCUGGAGGUGAUUCAGGAGAUUUGGAUCUUAAUGAUUUUAAUAUAUAA